GGCGCCACGGCGAGCCCAGUCGGAGCUGGCUCGGUGCCGGGCGCCGGGACUGUUCGCGCUCGGCUUCCUCCGCAGCCCCCGAGGACUGAAACUUCCGUGGGUGGCUCCCAUCGGUGCGCUCCUCCCGAGGGAAGCGGCGGCCAAGGAGAGAGGGAGAGCCGGUCGGAGGCUGCCCGGCGCCCGUGGGAGCGAGCUGCAGCCGGAGAGGCGGAGUAGGGAAGCGGGGGGCGAGCCGCCUGCCUGGACCCGCGCCCAGCAGCAGCCGCGGCCGCCGCCAGCCAGCCAGGCUCCCCGGACGGCGGCGGGGGCGCGCCGGACCGUCGCUCGCGUCCCGGACGGCGGCGUGCGUUGGGAGGAUUGGCCGUCAGCCCCGCGCAGGGCAGCGCUGCCCGGGCGGCGCGGCCGGAGCCAUGCGGACCGAGUUCGGAGCUGGGGAGGCUGAGCACGGCCGGCCGCUGUACUUGCUGCCGGGAGUCCUGAGCUCGCUGCCCGCCUUCUCGGCCCCUUCUCGCCGCCCGAAAGGGGAAUAAAGGAGGGGAGACUCUCCCCGACUCGUGCUUGGGACGCCGAGGCUUAAAGUCCGCGGCCGCGACCUGGCUUCAGGUCGGCAACGGGAGUGAGCGUCCCCUCGGGGAUGCGCGGGGAGGAUCCCGUCGCGGCUGAAGCCUCCGGGGGCUGCGGGACGGCAGCUCCGCGGCCCCUCUGACUGCGCCCAGAGAGUUCUAUCAGCGAGUGCCCGCUCUCCAGACAGCCCCACGAGGGACCGGGCCGCCCGGCCGAGGGAGGGAUGGCUUAGGACCCCUGCCCCGGCAGCCCGGCGUCGUCAGCUCCUGGACGUCGCGGCAGAGGGCGGCUUGCAGAGCGCCGCGGAAGGGACCCUCGGGCGUCCAAGUCCCGGCCUCCGCACCCCUGGGAGCCGGGUGGCCGCGACCGCGACUUCCCGGAGACCUCUCUGCGCCCCCUGGAGCCGCGCCGCCCGCGCCCAGGGUGGUGCCAUGUGGGGCGGACGCCGCUCGCCCGCCGCCUCCCCUCGGAACGCCGCUUCGCUCCUGCAGCUGCUGCUGGCCGCGCUGCUGGCGGCGGGGGCGCGGGCCAGCGGCGAGUACUGCCACGGCUGGCUGGACGCGCAGGGCGUCUGGCGCAUCGGCUUCCAGUGCCCCGAGCGCUUCGACGGCGGCGACGCCACCAUCUGCUGCGGCAGCUGCGCGUUGCGCUACUGCUGCUCCAGCGCCGAGGCGCGCCUGGACCAGGGCGGCUGCGACAACGACCGCCAGCAGGGCGCCGGCGAGCCCGGCCGGGCGGACAAAGACGGCCCAGACGGCUCGGCAGUCCCCAUCUACGUGCCAUUCCUCAUCGUUGGGUCUGUUUUUGUCGCCUUCAUCAUCGUGGGGUCACUUGUGGCUGCUUGCUGCUGCAGAUGUCUCCGGCCCAAGCAGGAGCCCCAGCAGAGCCGCGCCCCUGGAGGGAACCGCUUGAUGGAGACCAUCCCCAUGAUCCCCAGCGGCAGCACUUCGCGAGGGUCCUCCUCCCGCCAGUCCAGCACAGCGGCCAGCUCCAGCUCCAGUGCCAACUCAGGGGCCCGGGCGCCCCCAACAAGGUCCCAGACCAACUGUUGCUUGCCCGAGGGAACCAUGAACAACGUGUAUGUCAACAUGCCCACAAAUUUCUCUGUGCUGAACUGUCAGCAGGCCACCCAGAUUGUGCCCCAUCAAGGGCAGUACCUGCACCCCCCAUAUGUGGGGUACACGGUGCAGCAUGACUCUGUGCCUAUGACCCCCGUGCCCCCUUUCCUGGACAGCCUACAGACGGGCUACCGGCAGAUCCAGGCCCCCUUCCCGCACACUAACAGUGAACAGAAGAUGUACCCAGCUGUGACUGUGUAACUCAGGGUGCCGGCCGGGUCCCUUUACGAGACCGAGGAGCCCAGGGAAGCUGUGGACUUGGAAAUGAUUCUCUAAGAGGAAGUCCUCUCACCUUGCUGGUGCAGACAGCCCCGUUCUUUUGGAUGACUUCAUUUGGCCCCCAAGUGUAUGAAAACACCUCUUCCCGAAUUAGCCUUUCUGCGUACGUUUCAUCCCAGUGCAUGAUCAAUUUAUGAUGGAAAAAAGCAUCACUUGGAGAUGACUGUGUUGUUGCCCUUGGUUGUGUGACAGAUCAAGGCCUUAAGUGCCCUGGAAUUAUGGCUGUCAGAGGAGUUUUGUAACUGGGUAGACUAAGGGGUUUUAUUAUAUCCUUAUUAGUGUUUCUUUUUUGUUUUUUGACAAAGGUCAAACACAGGUCAGAACACCUGUUCCCUCCCCUUGACCUGGGGAAGAUUCUUAUAAGCAUCCAAGUUUCAGGGGAAGACCUAAAGAACAGAACUAUGAUGAAAGGACAGCCAGUUGGAACUCCCUGAGAUUAGUCCUUGAUCUCAGUGUUUCCCAGGCACAUCUUAAUUUCAUUGUAAAAAGAUAUAUAUAUUUUGUCUGUUUUUGUGCUUUUUUGGGGGGUCUAUUUUGUGCUUUUUUACCUUGUGUAGAGAUCUUAUUACAAAGUGAUUUUCUACAUUAAAAAGAGACCGAAAGAAAUUGUAUAGUUACUUAACUAAUGGCAUUACAGAACUCUGGGAUUAUUUUAAGCUUGGAAGGAGAGGCUGGUGUAGUAAUACACCCGUUCAUCUCACUCUCGAUAGUACCCUCUAAUUUGCUGACUUCACAGUGACAUCUGAGAAGAAGCAAUUAGAUGUUUUUAUAUUGAAAUCAUAAACUCUCACCUGCUGCUGCUCCGGGUUACUUUGAAUUUUACCGUGGUAUGGCUUGGCAUUCAUUCUGUUCGGCUUUUGAAUCUCUGUGUCUCCGUAGUACCGUGCGCAGGUAAUUACUGUUAUAAAUGAAGAUCAGGAUUUCUGCCUAGAUCUGAUAAAACAUUUUCUUGUUUCCCUAUAAAAAUUCAAAGAAAUGCUUUACAAAGAUGCUUCAUCUGGCUUCUCAGCCAUAACCUGAGACUUGGGAUGAAAUUUAAACCACGAAUAGAAUUUACUUUGCAAAUCAUAAGGCUUUUUAUACUCUUGUUAUCAAAAUGGCUUAUUUUUCAGGCAGUGGGGACUGUUGAGUCAAGAGAAAAGCUUUUCAAAGAGAUAUUGCCUUUCUUCCCCCACAAAGUUAGUUUUUGUUUUCCUCUCUCUUUUAGUCCUCAGCAAGCACUGUAUUCAUUACUAAUGAUCUGAAUUAUGAAAUUCAAGUGAGUCUGUGUAUUGUUUACUUAAAAGAAAUAAGUCUAAGUAUGUGCAAGCAAAUUUCCAACUGCUGGCAAAACUGAAAUUUUGCAAUUAAAAUAUUGUAAAGUGUGGUCUUUCACACGUUUAUACCUGCAGCUUAUUUAUCUAUCCAUCCAUCCAUCCGUCCGUCCAUCCAUCCAUCCUCUGUCUAGCCUAUUCUCUCCCUAUCUGUCCUUCCUCUCCCUCUCUCUCAUGACUGAAUGAUGUGAAAGCAUUGUUGGUAAGCACUAUCAACAGAGAUGUGCAGUCAAAUCUUUUUAAAUAACAAAGGCAGGGGACAUCAUUUUACUUAUUAAUAAAUAUUUUAUGGUAUGAAUUCCAA